GGGCGCACAGGCCGCAAGCACAGGCAUAGCUGCCACUCCCCCUUGCACACUCUCACACGCUACACACAAACACACAAGCCCGUUGGAGGCGCUCCGCCUGCAGUUCCUGCAACCGAAGCCAUGGCUUUGUCGGAAGCGGCUGCUGCCCGGGGGCUCCUUCCGCUGCCCCGGAUCGUUCUUUUCGGAGACUCCAUCACCGAGUUUUCCUUCCAAGAUAAGGGAUGGGGAGCAUCACUUGCUAAUAGAUUAGUUAGAAGAUGCGAUGUCUUGAACCGUGGACUCUCUGGCUACAAUACAAGGUGGGGUAAAAUGGUUCUUCCAAGAUUAAUCACCAAAGACUCCAAUGCUAGAAACAUCAUGGCAGUAACUGUCUUCUUUGGAGCAAAUGACAGUGCUUUGAAAGAUGAGAAUCCCAAACAGCACGUUCCGUUGGAUGAGUAUGCUGACAAUUUGAAAAGUAUGAUAUGCUACCUCAACUCUGUGGACAUUUCCAAACAGGACAUUAUAUUAGUGACACCACCACCCCUUCAUGAAGCUACUUGGGAAAAAGAGUGUGUUGCUAAAGGUGAAAAAUUAAACCGUCUGAAUUCCAUCACUGGGGAAUAUGCAAAGGCUUGUGUUAAAGUAGCCAAAGAAUGUGGCACUGAUGUCAUUGAUCUAUGGACACUUAUGCAAAAAGAUGACCAGGAUUUCUGCUGUUACCUGUCAGAUGGAAUCCAUUUAUCAGAAAAAGGAAAUACUUUUCUAGCAAACCAGCUUUGGACACUCCUAGGAAAACGACUGUCAGCCCUUCCUCAGUUGCUUCCCUGCUGGCGUGAUGUUGAUCAUCUCUACCCUGAAGCUAGCCUCCUGGGGAUCCCCACGGCUAAGAAAUAAUAAAAAGAAUGACAUCAGUAGCCUUUUUUAUACAGAUAGAAAAUAAAAUUUCCUUUUUGUUUU